AUGCGCAAGCACCUAGGAGGGAAAGGUGCGAAUGACGGUGCGAGCAGCGGCGCAAGCAGCACGAGCGUCAAGCCAGUCGUUGCGCUAGUUGGUUCGACUGGGUACCUCGGGAAAUCCAUAGUUCCAGUUUUCGCCAAGGCCGCUAACGAGGGUCAGUUCGCCGCGUUCAAGAUCCUGACGAGCUCGACCCCAAAGGACGAACUCAAGUCUGCUGCAUCGGAUAAAGUGACCAUCGUACAAGUUGAUUAUGCAUCUCCUGCAUCGUUGGAGAGUGCAUUAGAGGGUGUCGAUGUCCUUGUAAGCGCCUUGGGGGCAAGCAAAUCAACGGAGGCCGCUCAAAAGAGUUUGGUUCAAGCAGCCGCCGCGGCCAAAGUAAAGGUGUACUUCCCAUCAGAAUGGGGCACCGACUUGGAUGUCAGCCCAUACCCCUUCCCGCCUCUCGACGCAAAGACUGAACAUGUCGAAGAAGCCAGAAAAGCCGGGCUUAAAACAGUCGUCUUCGUCGUCGGGGUGUUCUCCGAUAUAAUCCUCUUGCCUAUCUCUGGAUGGUUCACUGCGCCGAACACGGUGCACAUACCCGAUUCCGGCAAGAAUAAGGCUGUCUUCACUGCCAAAAAGCACAUUGUGCAGUAUGCACUCCAAGCCGUCAUUCUCGCUGCUCAGGACCCGGCGAAGUUCCCAGAUAAGGUUCGCGUUUGGGACGAUAAUAGAUCCUGGGAUGAAUACACCGCAGAGCUCGAGCAAGUCCUGGGAAGAGAACUCAUCAAGAACGUCAUUCCUAAAGAACAACUUGUGCAAGAUUUCGCCGCCGGACCCUCCAUCGGCGGCCUUGGAAGGUUACUCGCUGCCGAUGGCCUUACCGAUUAUUCGGACAACCAUAACGAAUUGUUGAACCCUGGCGAGAAGUAUUUCAAACGUCAGACUGUUGGGGAGACUUUGAAGGAGGGACCGACAACAAAAAGAACGAUAGUGUCACGCGAGAUCACCUUACCUACCGAUCGCAGAUGGGCAAGGUGGAUAUCAAGCUUGCCCAUAGCAAAGCAACACGAUCAACAAGUAACAUUCCUCGGAACGUCACCACCCACAGGCCGCAGUGCCCCGGACCCCACCAUGUUCGCACAACCAAUACCGACCCUUUACAAUAAUGCUAGGAACUUCAAAGUCCCUAAGGACCGCGUGACAACACGAAUCCGGAUCUGGUCUGCAUCUUCACCACCGAUCACUCAAGUUAGUCAUUAA